AUGACCAAACCAAGCAAUCUCAAUCUCAACCUCACCUCCGACCAACCUGCCACCGGAAACUUCUUUUCACUUAGCCUCUUCCUACUCAAAGACAUACAAAUUUUUGAGGUUUUCAUUGCAGUUAUUGUCUUCAUAAUCAUUCAUUCUCUUAGGCAAAAGAAGCAUCAUGGCUUGCCAGUUUGGCCUGUCCUUGGAAUGUUACCUUCUUUGGUCACAGGACUCAGAACCAACAUGUAUGAAUGGAUCUCUGAUGUGCUCAAAAGGCAAAAUGGAACCUUUAGAUUCAAAGGGCCUUGGUUUAGCAGCCUCAACUGCAUUGUCACCUCUGAUCCUCGCAACCUUGAGCAUCUUCUCAAAACCAAGUUCCCUCACUUCCCUAAAGGAAGUUACUUCAGGAACACAGUUAGAGACCUACUUGGUGAUGGUAUAUUCAAUGCAGAUGAUGAGACAUGGCAAAAGCAAAGGAAGACAGCAAGCAUUGAGUUUCAUUCAACAAAGUUCAGGCAAUUAACAACACAAUCCUUAUUUGAGCUUGUCCACUCUAGGCUCUUACUUGUCUUAGAGGAAUCGGUUGAGAAAUCUGUUGCCAUAGACCUUCAAGACAUUCUCUUAAGGCUAACUUUUGAUAAUGUAUGCAUGAUAGCAUUUGGUGUUGAUCCAGGUUGUUUGCGCUUGGGAUUGCCUGAUAUACCAUUUGCAAAAGCCUUUGAGGAUGCAACAGAAGCCACAUUGCUUCGUUUUGUUACCCCAACAUGUAUAUGGAAGGCCAUGAGGUUACUCAACUUGGGGAUGGAAAGAAAGUUAAAGGAAUCAAUAAAAGGAGUUGAUGAGUUUGCUGAGAAUGUUAUUCGGACAAGAAAGAAGGAACUCUCUUUGGAAUGUGAGGAUAAGGAGCAAAUGUCAGAUUUGUUAACAGUGUUUAUGAGGCUGAAGGAUGAGAGUGCAAAACCAUAUUCAGAUAAGUUCUUGAGGGAUAUAUGUGUGAACUUCAUAUUAGCAGGGAGGGACACUUCUUCAGUAGCUUUGAGCUGGUUUUUCUGGUUGCUUGAUCAGAAUCCUGCAGUGGAGGACAAGAUAGUAGCAGAGAUAUGCAGGGUAGUGAGGCAGAGGAAAGACAUAAAGAAGGAAGAAUUUGAUAAUUCUUUGACAUUUAAGCCCGAGGAGAUUAAAAAGAUGGAUUAUUUGCAUGCUGCUUUGUCUGAAGCUCUCAGAUUAUACCCUUCUGUGCCUGUGGAUCACAAGGAGGUAGUUGAAGAUGAGACUUUCCCAGAUGGAACAGUGCUAAAGAAGGGUACAAAAGUGAUCUAUGCAAUUUAUGCAAUGGGAAGAAUGGAAAGCAUAUGGGGGAAAGACUGCAAGGAGUUUAGGCCAGAAAGAUGGUUAAGAGAUGAUCGUUUCAUGAGUGAGUCUGCAUACAAAUUCACUGCAUUCAAUGGUGGACCUCGCUUGUGCUUAGGCAAAGAAUUUGCAUACUAUCAGAUGAAAUAUGCUGCGGCCAGCAUCAUAUACCGUUACCAUGUUAAGGUGGUGGAGAAUCACCAUGUAGUGCCAAAGCUUGCUUUAACUAUGUACAUGAAGCAUGGAAUCAAAGUUAACCUCUACAAAAGGGAUGCAGCAGAAAUUCAAAAAUACUUGGAAGAUUGGUUAAAAUGAAUU